AUGGCUACUCAAUCUCCUACUGAGGCAGCUCCCCGUCGUUCUUCGUUCGUUCAGCCAAAGCCACGCGCUCUUCGUCCAUUCAAUACCUCAGAGGUCAAAAUUCUCUUGCUCGAGAAUAUUAAUGAGACAGCCGUAAAAUCUUUUUUGAAGCAAGGGUACCAGGUAGAGACAUAUAGCAAGGCGCUAGUCGGCGAUGAAUUGCUCGAGAAGAUCAAAGACGUCCAUGUGGUUGGUAUCCGUUCAAAGACAAAGCUUACAAAACAGGUGUUGAAUGCUGCUGUCAACCUAAAGGUUGUUGGUUGUUUCUGUAUUGGCACCAACCAAGUUGAUCUUCACGCCGCCGCUCACAGAGGAAUUGCAGUGUUCAAUUCGCCAUUCAGCAAUUCUCGCUCCGUGGCUGAACUAGUCAUCGGCGAAAUGAUCGUAUUGGCUCGCCAGUUGGGUGACCGCAAUAUCGAAAUGCACUACGAGACAUGGAACAAGGUUUCUAAGAGAUGUUUUGAGAUUCGUGGAAAAGUACUGGGUAUUGUUGGAUAUGGUCACAUCGGCUCGCAGUUAUCUGUACUAGCCGAGUCCAUGGGAAUGACAGUAUACUUUCAUGACGUUCUCCAGAUAAUGCCACUCGGAACUGCUAAACAAACCGAAACACUCGAGGAACUGCUGUCCAUCUCUGAUUUUGUGUCGCUACACGUACCCGAAUUAGAAGAGACCAGAGAAAUGAUUGGCGAACGUGAGAUCAUGGGCUACAUGAAGAAAGGAUCCUAUCUCCUCAACAAUGCCCGAGGUACUGUGGUGCAAAUCCCAGGCCUUAUCAAGGGUCUCCAGUCUGGCCAUUUAGCUGGUGCUGCUAUCGAUGUAUUCCCAAAAGAACCUGCAAGCAACGGUAGACACUUUACAGAGUAUCCCGAGCUCCUCAAGUGCCCCAAUAUCAUCAUGACUCCUCACAUCGGAGGCUCUACCGAAGAAGCUCAGCGUAUGAUUGGUAUCGAAGUAUCCUCUGCAUUGAUCAAAUAUAUCAACGAAGGAACUUCAAUUGGUGCUGUCAACUUUCCUGAGAUUGAUCUUCGUGUUAUCCGCGAAGAUGACAAGAACACGGUUCGGGUCCUCUACAUUCAUCGUAAUAUUCCAGGUGUACUCAAGGCUAUCAACGAGAUCUUUGCCGAUCACAACGUAGAAAAGCAAUAUUCUGAUUCCAAGGGAGACAUUGCCUAUGUUAUGGCUGAUAUUGCCAAUGUUGCAGAAGAACAGCUUCAUCAAAUAUAUGAUGCAAUUAUCGCAACACCUGCCAACAUCAGCACUCGGAUGCUCUAUUAAUUAUUAUUUUUACCAAUAAAACAUGUAUCAAGAGU